AUGGGUCGCUCUUGUAACAGUAUUCGAAAGGAUUUGGCAGAUUGUUUGUUACAUUCAGACUGUAUGUUCAUUCAUGGCAAAUCUGCUAGAGAAUGCAUGAGAAACAAAGAGCAACUCCCCGUCGAAUGUAGGAAUUUGAUGACUUCGUUCGGGGAGUGUAAACGACAAAUGUUGGAUAUGACUAAACGAUAUAGAAUUGCUCCUGAACAGGAUGAAUCUUCUAAACCUUCACCAGAAAACUAA